AUGGCGCCCAUCAUCCACGCCGUUCGCCACGCCCAGGGCGUCCACAACCUUUGCACCGCCAACCACGUCGUCCCCGAUCCCCUCCUCACCGACCUCGGCCACGAGCAAUGCGCCAAGCUGCGCGAGACUUUCCCUCUCCACGCCCAGGUCGACCUGGUGACUGCAUCGCCUCUUCGCCGCACCAUCUACACGGCCCUUGAGAGCUUCGGGCCUGUCUUCGAGUCCCACCCAGACAUGAAGCUGAUUGCCCUGCCGGACACCCAGGAGACGUCCGAUGUGCCCUGCGAUACCGGAAGUGAGCCACAGGCUCUGCAGGAGGAGUUUGCGGGGAAGCCCGUUGACCUGCAACUGGUGCAUGAUGGGUGGAAUACCAAGAACGGCCGCUAUGCGCCGACCAACCAUGCUCUCAAGGAGCGCGCGCGUGCUGCGCGGCGCUGGUUGAAAGCUCGGCCCGAAAAGGAAAUUGUUCUCGUCACCCACGGCGGGUUCCUGCACUACUUCACCGAGGACUGGGAGGACAGCAGCCAGUACCAGGGCACCGGCUGGACCAACACCGAGUACCGGACCUACACGUUCUCUGAUGAGGCGCACAGCGACGAUCUGGAGGGCGCUGCGGUGGAUGGCGACAACGCCAGUCUUGUCGAGACACUCGAGUCUCGGAAACGGCGUGGCAAGGUUGGUCCUGGCCCUGACCGCGAGCAGCAGAAGACAUUGUACAAGCUCGGCACCCAGGGCUGGGAUGAUCAGGGUCUGCAAAUGAGCACGGAGGAGCGGGAUGCCGCCAAGGUGCCCGAAGGAAAAGAGGUCAACGGUGUCCGGAUAUAG